CUCUCCCACUCUCCCUUCUUGAGCUAUGCUCAAGACUAACCGAUCGUCAUCAGCUCUGAUUCCGCCGCUACCUCGCUGCCGAUCAUGGGCCGGAGCCCCUGCUGCUCCAAGGACGAAGGGCUGAACCGCGGCGCGUGGACGGCCCACGAGGACCAGCUCCUGACCCGCUACAUCGACUCCCACGGCGUCGGCAAAUGGCGCAACCUCCCCAAGAAGGCCGGCCUCAACCGCUGCGGCAAGAGCUGCCGCCUCCGCUGGCUCAACUACCUCCGCCCCGACAUCAAGCGCGGCAACAUCUCCCCCGACGAGGAGGACCUCAUCAUCCGCCUCCACAAGCUCCUCGGCAACAGGAUGGUCUCUCAUAGCCGGGAGGCUGCCUGGGCGGACGGACAACGAGAUCAAAAACUACUGGAAUACCAAUUUGGGGAAAAGGGUCGACCCGCAAACCCAUCACCGCCUCUCCACCACCACCACCGCCGCCGCCGCCGCUUCCCCUGCUUCGGCUCAUCCCAGCAAACUAUCAGUCAAGCCCCGGCGGAAGCUCGUUCCCCCACCCGCAACUGCCACGGCCCCGGUCCGGGCCAAGCCUGCAAAGUGCUCGAAGAAGCUCGUUUUCUAUCCACGGCGGCAGGAGGAAGAGGAAAACAAUAAUAAUAAUAAUAAUGAUGACGCUGGAGUAAUUUUGGCCGGGGACGGGGAGAAGGCAGAGACGAGCAGCCUGGCUGCCGUGGAAGCUUCCUCGUCGUCCUGCGCCCCCGCGAAUAACGGGCUCUCUGGCGGCGGAGAUGACAACGCAGGGGCGGAGAUCUCGCUGUCAGAGCUGCUGGCCGGCUGCGAUGAUUUCAGGGAUUUGUGCGAUUUCAGUCAUCAUCAUCCCCCCCACACAGCUGGAUGCAGCGGCGGCAAGAGCAGAGACGAGGUGGAGAUGCUGAUGGCGGCCGGCGGCUGCGGGGAGAUGCUCAUUUCGUCGGAGGAAAUGCUGGAGGAGGGUUGGGAUAUUGACGUCACGGCGGCGACCGCGGCGGCGAGUGAUCUGAAUGGGUUCGGUGGUGCUGGAUUUCUUGGCACCGGCUGCGGCGUUGACGAUGAUGAGGAAUGGCUUGGCAUUGCGGAAUGCUCGAGUAGUUAAAAGAGUUUACUUCAUUGGUGUUUUGAAGAUUUUUCUUUUAUCAUUA